GAUGAUAUGGAUAACAUUAACCAGACAUCAGUUUCAGAUUUUCUUCUUCUGGGUCUUUCUGGAUACCCAACAAUUGAGAUAAUUUUCUUUGCUGUGAUUUUAGUCAUGUACCUAAUGAUUCUAAUUGGCAAUGGUGUUCUGAUUGUAGCAAGCAUCUUGGACUCUCGCCUUCACACUCCCAUGUACUUCUUCCUGGGAAACCUCUCUUUUCUUAUCUGCUAUACAUCCUCUUCAGUUCCCUCAACUUUGGUGAGCUUAAUCACAAAGAAAAGAAACAUUUCCUUCUACGGCUGUGCAGUGCAGAUGUUCUUUGGCUUUGCAAUGGGAUCCACAGAAUGUUUGCUUCUUGGUGUGAUGGCUUUUGAUCGGUAUGUGGCCAUCUGUAACCCUCUGAGAUAUCCGGUCAUCAUGAGCAAGGUGGUUUAUGUACUGAUGGCUUCUGUGUCGUGGCUGUCUGGUGGAAUCAACUCAAUUGUACAAACCUCACUUGCCAUGCGGCUGCCUUUCUGUGGAAAUAAUCUUAUCAGUCAUUUCACAUGUGAGAUCUUGGCUGUCCUCAAAUUGGCUUGUGCCGAUAUAUCACUCAAUAUUAUCACCAUUAUGAUAUCAAAUACAGCCUUCCUAGUUCUUCCACUUCUGGUCAUUUUUUUCUCCUACAUGUUCAUCCUCUACACCAUCUUGAGAAUGAACUCAGCUGCAGGGAGACACAAGGCGUUUUCUACCUGCUCAGCUCAUCUUACUGUGGUGACCAUAUUUUAUGGUACCAUCUUCUUCAUGUAUGCAAAACCCAAGUCUCAUGACUUGAUUGGAAAGGAUAAUUUGCAAAUUUUGGACAACCUCAUUUCUCUGUUUUAUGGGGUAGUGACUCCUAUGCUAAAUCCUGUUAUCUAUAGCUUAAGGAAUAAAGAUGUGAAAGCUGCUGUAAAAUAUCUGCUUAAACAAGUGCAUAUUCAAUGGCUGUAA